CUCUCUCUCUUCUGUUUCUCUCUCUCAUGGCAUUCUCCCAUUUCUGGUUCGUCAGCAAAGCCAUUAAUGGGGGAGCCGAAAUCUCCAACAUCACAAGAUCAUCAGACGACUGCAGUAGCCACAACAUCCUCGUCAUCUACUGUCCCGCCGCCACCACCGCUACCCCGCCAGCAAUCUUCCCUUCUCGAACCAUCCCAUAAAAAGAAAAGCAGAACCAAAGUCUUCCGCGUCUUUCGCUCUGUCUUCCGAUCCUUCCCCAUCAUCACCCACGCCUGCAAGAUGCCAUCGCUCCCCAUGGGCAGGCUUGACUCUAGCAGGGCCAUCUCCUCUGGCAACCGGGUCAGUGGAACACUGUUUGGGUACCGGAAGGGACGCGUGUCCCUUUCAGUACAAGAAACCCCCAAGUGUCUUCCAAGCCUGGUGGUGGAGCUGGCCAUGCAGACAAAUGUGCUACAGAAGGAGAUGGGGACAGGGAUGGUCAGAAUCGCGUUGGAAUGCGAGAAGAGGGCGGACAAGGACAAGACGAGGCUUAUCGACGAGCCAGGGUGGACCAUGUACUGCAAUGGGAAGAAGACUGGGCAUGGGAUGAAGAGGGAGGCCACGGAGGAGGACUUGAAUGUUAUGGAACUUCUCAAGUCAGUGACUAUGGGCGCAGGUGUGUUGCCCGGGAAGUUCGAGGUUGAGGGCUCGGAUGGUGAAAUAGCAUACAUGCGCGCCCUCUUCGAGCGUGUCGUUGGCUCAAAAGACUCGGAAACUUUGUACAUGCUGAGCCCAGAAGGGAAUAAUGGGCCUGAGCUCAGUAUUUUCUUUGUAAGGAUAUGAUGAUUUACCUCCACGCAUUACGCUAUACUAGUACACUAAGGAAGAGAAAGUUAAAUUCUUUGGUAGGUAUACCAAUUCUUUAGGGGAAUAUUUUUGCUAUCCCUUAAGUGAUGGUAAUACUCGUCACUUUAUUUAUCAUCUGUUAAAUGAGUUUAAAUUACG